UGACUGCCGUCACCAGGCUCUUGUCCCCGGUAUGUAAUCUCAGGGACUGGCGGUCAAUCAUUACACCGACUGAGCGGCCAAAUCGUCGUAUCGCGGAGUUGCCAGCCGAGCAUCGUGCGGGUCAGCAUGAAGGGGUUAUACUACCAACUGGGCACACCGCAAGACGAGGAGAAAUUUGUGUUUCAGGAAAAGGAACCUGUCUCGUCUCCCAGCGACUAUCAUGUGAGGCUGCAAGUGAAAACAUGUGCGCUAAGUCCGGUGAAUACAAAGCUAAUAUCAAAGUUAUAUCCAGAAAAAGAAUUUGCGGCAGUGGGAAGAGAGGUGGCCGGAGUAAUUCUGGAAGUGGGACCCAAGGUGUCAUUCUUCCAGCCAGAUGACGAAGCUAUAGGAAUUUUGCCACUGGACUGUGAAGAGUCCGGUCUGUGUGAAGCCGUCUGGGUUCAUGAGCACCAUUUGGUUCACAAACCAGAGAAGGUGAGCUGGGUGGAGGCGGCGGGAACUAUACGGGAUGGACUGUGCGUGUAUACCGCCCUGCACACACUCGCACACCUAACACCAGGGAAGUCUGUGCUGGUCCUGGAUGGAGCAAGUCCCUUCGGUACACUUGCUGUUCAGUUAUCGCACCACAGAGGAGCCACAGUGUUCUGCACGGCCCGCAGCGAAGAGGACAGACAGUAUCUGGAGAAACUCAGGCCCACAGUAGGAAUACGGCAGCCAGUUGUGGCUUGUGUUAUAGACCUGUCUAAAGGGAACGUUGACCUCGCAGAGAAAUGCUUGGAGGAGACCGGUGGCCUGGGCGUGGACAUUGUUAUCGAUGCUGGAGUCAUCUUGUACAACACAGAAGACCCUGUCAUAAAGCCGCAGCUUCUGCCUCACAAACAUGACAUCAUCACCCUUCUCUCUGCGGGAGGUCACUGGGUGACCAGAGAGGAGCAGCUUCAGCUGGACCCGCCGGAUAGCCAUAAUCUUUUCCUUAAAGGAGCGUCGCUUUCUUUUCUCAAUGAGGAAGUCUGGAACCUGUCCAACGCACAGCAAGGAAAAUAUCUCCAUAUCCUGAAAGAUGUGAUGGACAAACUAGCAAGCGGGAUAUUCAGGCCUCAGCUGGAUGAGCCGGUCCCACUGUACGAGGCUAAGGUCUUCAUGGCAAUGGUUCAGAGGAAUGAAAUGCGGAAGCAGCAGGUUGUCCAGCUGUAGAGUGGUGACGCGGAAGCUGUAUGGAAUACGCCUGUUACUAUCCUGAUUUCCUGAAUAAUUACAGAUAUUCUCUGAUAUAGAAGGCAAAGAUUCAUAUGUAUUUUGAAACCCUUGGAUCUUUAUUCUUUGUUAGAACUGGGAAUUUUCCUGACAAUUGCAGUGUUUUCAUGAAGACGUCAGUUGUCCGGAUUUGUGCUCACAGUACAGUUCCAGCAAUGAUGGACUAUUACUUUGGUUGACAUCAUUUUGUGAAAGUUUAAUGUCUUUGAUAUGUAAUAAACUGAUAUGUAUAUUAAUAAAAUAAAACCAAGCCUUUGAUUUAAAUAUAUGUAUACAGAUAAUGUACACCGCAAUGAAUCAAGCAGCUGUUCACGGCCAGUGAUAAACAAAUAAGAACAUAACAGCGCAACAUUUCUGUUACUUUGUAAUAACUUGUAUUCAUUUAAAUAUAAAAUUCUGAAGUUACUGUAGCAAUACUGAAAUAAAUGACUUCUUCAAUUCAA